UUUGUUCAUUGGGUUGUAUCGGAGUUGGAUCUUAUCCCGUCAUUCCAGUUCUUUGCUAACAUGGAUUUGAGGAAAUAUCUCUGCCGGACUCUAAAAUGGCGUUUGUGCCACAAACUGUUGUCGCAGUGCAUUCUCUUUCUCUUUUUUUUGAGUCACAAUGCCACCGGACAAAUAAGAUACUCGAUCCCCGAGGAGAUGAAGAAAGGUUCCCUUAUUGGAAAUGUCGCAUCGGACCUUGGGAUAAACACUCAGAGGCUCCGUUCUGGUCGGGCCCGUAUCGUGACCGGAGAAAACAUCCAGUACACCGAGCUGAAGACAGACAAAGGGACUUUGACCGUGAAUGAGAGAAUAGAUCGAGAGCAGCUUUGCGGAGACGUGACGCCGUGUAGCUUCAGUUUUGAUUUGAUUUUAGAAAACCCGAUGGAAUUACACCACGUCACAGUCGAAGUGUUAGACAUAAAUGAUAAUUCGCCUUCUUUCCAUCAGCACGACAUGAAACUGACGAUUGGAGAAUCAGCCGCUCCGGGGGCACGUUUUGUUUUGCCAACAGCAAAUGAUCCUGAUGUGGGAGUCAAUGGGCUUCAGGGCUACCAUUUAUCUCCGAAUGAAAAUUUUAUUUUAAUGAAGCAUUCAAAUACUGACGGAAGUAAAUAUGCGGAGAUGGUACUGGAGAAACCGUUGGAUAGAGAGCGAUACCCGAGUCUGUCGUUAAAACUGAUAGCAGUAGACGGUGGAACGCCACAGAAAUCUGGUACAGUAAAUAUAGAUAUUACUGUCCUAGAUGCUAAUGAUAAUUCUCCCGUUUUCAAUCAGUCAGUCUACAAAGCUACUGUAAUGGAAAAUUCUGUAAAAGGAACAUAUAUCAGUACUGUGAAUGCAACUGAUGCUGAUAGUGGCUCAAAUGGUUUGAUUACUUAUUCUAUUUCUAAAAUGCAGGGCAACAUUGACAGGAUAUUUGAAAUUAACAAGACAACGGGUUUGAUAUUUCUUUCAGGGGAAGUAGACUUUGAAAAAGCAAAGAAAUAUGAAAUACGCAUUGAGGCAACGGACCAGGGAGCUUUGACAGACUCGUCUAAAGUUAUAGUGGAUGUAAUUGACGUGAAUGAUAAUCCGCCUCUCAUAAAUGUGAUGUCAUUCACUAGUCCCGUGUCAGAGGACUCCCCUCCUGGAACAACUAUUGGCAUCAUAAAUGUAAAAGACCUCGAUUCAGGUGAUAAYGGACAAGUUAACUGUAGAAUAGAACAAAACGCACCUUUUAAGAUCAAAUCUAAUUUAAGAAAUUAUUAUACAUUAGUGACAGACACUGUGUUAGAUCGUGAAAGUGCUUCAGAAUAUAACAUCACUGUUGUUGCGACAGAUGCAGGAAUUCCU